UCGCGCUUUCCAGACACGAGCGGAAAGGGCGGGGCCAGCUGUGGCGGGCGGCGCGCGGGCAUGCAGCCCAUGGAGCCCGGCGUGAUCCAACGGCUGGCCCCCAAGCUGGGCAUCGCUGAGCCUGGAGUCCUCAGAAAAGCAGAAGAAUAUAUGCGACUGUCGCAGGUGAAGUGUACAGGAUUAUUGGCUCAGAUGACAGCAACAAGCAAUGCGGUGAUGUGCCUGGAACUAGCAGCUGGCUAUAUGCAACAUCCAGUGGACAAAAACUACUUAGUUAAACUCUCCGGUUUAAACAAGAGGACUUACCAGAGCUGUAUGAAGUCUUUUGAAUGUUUGCUAGGUUUGAACUCCAAUCUGGGAAUCCGAGAUCUUGCGGUACAGUUCUGCUGUAUGGAGGCAGUGAAUACCGCUUCAACAAUACUGCAAAGGUAUGAAUCCAGUCUCUCAGAAGUGCAACAGAUGGAUCUUGAUUUAUCAAAACCCUUGUUCACAACAGCUGCAUUGUUCACAGCCUGCAGGUGCUUGAAACUAAAAGUGGAUAAGAAGAAAAUGGUGGAUACCUCUGGAGUGAAGAAGGCAAUAUUCGAUCGGCUCUGUGGCCAGCUGGAGGUGAUUGGCCAGCAGAUCAGCAGAGACUGUGCUUCAUUGGCUCCUCAGCCAGCCCAAAGUCAGACGACCUUGUUGGGGUACAUGCAAAAGGAAGAAGACCAUGAACAUGAAAUUGCAACCCCUUGCAAGCGAAAGAAAAGUGAAACUGAAGCAAAACAAGAUUAUGAAGAAUGGAAAAAGAGAAUCCUGGAAAAUGCUGCUAACGCAAAAGUGGCUAGUGUCUGACUUCAGUCCCUGGAGUGCCACCGAGCAAUGUCCGUGCCUCUAGUUUGUAAUGUUAAAUUCUUCUUCACACUGGUUCAACUCAGCAUGAGAAUUGAUGGAUGGUAACCAGCACUCUUCUUUGACUGGCAAGGAUUUAAGUUGUUAAGCCUGUCAUUUUACUAUGAGGGACCUGCAUUAUGGUGACACACUUGAAGAACAUAGUUGGCUGAAGUUUAAAAGUUGGUCCAGUGAUACCUUCCUCUCGACCAGUGCAGACCUCAACUCUAAAACAUGGAGUAGAUGCGCUACUUUUAAGCAACAAACAGGCCAAGUAAUGGUGCAGUAUUAAAUGAUCUCUGAGAAGGCUGCACAGCCUUGAAUUCUGAACUGAAGGUUAAGUCAUGGUUACUAAAGUCUAGGGGCUGGGUCUACCCAGGAGGAAACAACUUGUCAUCGGCAAAACAAAACUGAGAAGUCAGACUGUUAAACUUUUUUAUAGCCGUAUAUCUGAUUAAAUAAAGUUUUUACUGUUA